CUGCCCACGCUGCCUCGUCCCCCAGCCGGACAGCUCGUUCAGCCAAUGCCCGCACCGCUCUGCUGCGUCCUGCAGUUGGGGUCCUCUACCUCCCCACCCGGCCCGAGCCAGCCAGCCCGUCGAGCCCCCAGCGCCCGCGCUCCCGCUCCCGUCCCGCGCACCGAACAUUCCAGGGUCCACAGCGCAGCGGAGUCCUGAAGAAACACCUGCCCAGUGGCUGGCCAGGGGUUCAGGGAGAGACAGAUUUGAUCCCCGAGGCCUGAGAAGGAGCAAGGCCCACUGGGAACAUGGCGACUGCCCCCGGCCUCCAGCCCGCAGCACCCCUGGAGGAGGAUGAGAUCCUGAUUGUGAAGGUGGAGGAGGACUUCCACUGGGAAGAGGAGCCCUCCCUGAAGAUGGAAGACCCCAGCCCUGAGACCUUCCGCCAGCUCUUCCGGCUCUUCUGCUACCAGGAGGUGGCCGGCCCUCGGGAGGCCCUGAGCCGCCUCUGGGAGCUCUGCUGCCGCUGGCUGCGGCCGGAGCUGCGCACCAAGGAGCAGAUCCUGGAGCUGCUGGUGCUGGAGCAGUUCCUGAUGGUGCUGCCUGGGGAGAUCCAGGCCUGGGUGCGGGAGCGGCAGCCGGAGAGCGGUGAGGAGGCCGUGGUCCUCGUGGAAGGGCUUCAGCGGGAGCCCAGGAAACAGAGGGGCCCGGAGGGACUCUCUGAUCAUGCAGUGCCCCACCAGAUGGGGGAACAGUCUUUGAAACGUCAGGCAGAGGCCCAGCCAAAGGAGUUGUCCCUGGAGGAAGGAGCUCGGGACUCCAGCCAGCAGCCCCCAGCCCAGCUAAGCCACAGACAGAAAAGAAACCCUGAACUCCAGCCAAAGAGGGGCCCAGUCACCUCCCCGCACCAGGAGAUGGCAGCACCAGCCACAUCCCUCCUUGCAGCCUGGUCCCAGGUACCAGUGACCUUGGAGGACAUGGCCGUGUACCUGUCCCAGAAGGAGGGGGGGUGUCUGGACCCAGCUCAGCAGGACCGAAGUCGGGACAUGCUGCCAGAGAGUGAAGGCCGUGGAAUGCAGUUUAAGGAUGAAGAGGACACACAGAUGAGAACAGAAUGGGACCGAGUGCUGUCGGCUCGGUGCAGGGGUCCCAGCUCCCCAUUCCUAGGUCACAAACCGGCCCCCGUCAGGGGGUUGACCAAAUCUGAGCAACUUCUGGAAAGAGGGGGGCCCUCCAGGGUGGCAAAGCCAUACACAUGCCCCGAAUGCGGCAAAAGCUUUAGCAAGACGUCCCACUUGACCAAGCACCAGCGCAUACACACCGGCGAGCGACCGUACCAGUGUCCGGUGUGUGGGAAGGGCUUCAGCGACCGCUCCAACUUCAGCACCCACCAGCGGGUCCACACGGGCGAGAAGCCCUACCAGUGUGCCGAGUGUGGGAAGCGCUUCAGCCAGAGCUCCAGCCUGGUCAUCCACCGCCGGACACACACCGGGGAGCGGCCCUAUGUGUGUGCCGAGUGUGGGAAACGCUUCAGCAACAGCUCACACUUCAGCGCCCACCGCAGGACGCACACAGGCGAGAAGCCCUACACAUGCCCGGCCUGUGGCCAGGGCUUCUGCCGGGGCACCGACCUCCACAAACACCAGCGGACCCACAAUGGGGAGAAGCAUCCACAUAGCUAUACCAAGGGGGUGUAGCCACUACCCAGACCCUCGAGGCUCCAGGAGUUCCCAGGGCCAAAGCCUGACUACCAUGCUCAGUUCAUGAAGCUGCCAGAGCCGUUACCCAGAACCAGAAACGCUGACCUUAAGGCACCUUCACAUGAACUCUGCUCCCCUGGGCCUGGUGUGAGGACACAGCAGGGGACAUUUCAGGUGGAAUGCUGGGCACAGGGCCCGGUGUAUUCGGUUCUAGGGCUGCUGAAUAAAUGACCACACGCUGGCCGGCUUACAACAACCGGAA